AUGGCAGCAAUUCUGGUGGAUGAUGAGGAAGGAGAUGUAGGCAAAGAAGAUAGUACCACUCAGUAUAACUUAGGCUGCAUGUGCCAUGAGGGCAACGGAGUCGCACAAGACUAUACAAAAGCCAUUGAAUGGUAUCUCAAAGCUGCCAACCAAGGAAAUGUCCCUGCUCAGAACAAUCUAGGCGUUAUGUACCGCCAUGGCUAUGGGAUCGCACAAGACUAUACAAAAGCCUUUGAAUGGUAUCUCAAGGCUGCCAACCAAGGACACGCCACUGCUCAGAACAAUCUAGGCUGGAUGUACGGUCAUGGCAAUGGAGUCGCACAAGACUAUGCAAAAGCCUUUGAAUGGUAUCUCAAGGCUGCCAACCAAGGCGAAGCCAGUGCUCAGAGCCCUCUAGGCUGGAUGUACGGUCAUGGCAAUGGAGUCGCACAAGACUAUACAAAAGCCAUUGAAUGGUAUCUCAAGGCUGCCAACCAAGGACACGCCACUGCUCAGAGCAAUCUAGGCGCUAUGUACCAAUAUGGCAAAGGAGCCGCACAAGACUAUACAAAAGCCAUUGAAUGGUAUCUCAAGGCUGCCAACCAAGGAAACGCCGAUGUACAGUACAGCCUAGGCAACAUGUAUCGUAAGGGCAGUGGUGUUCCACAAGAUUACAUAAAAGCCUUUGACUGGCAUAUUAAGGCUGCAAAUCAAGGGAACACCACUGUUCAGGGAAGGCUCGAUCGCAUAUAUAAAGAUGGCAAGGGGGUUUCUAAAGACUACAAAAAAGCCUUUGAUUGGUAUCUCAAGGCUGUCAACCAAGGAGACGCCGUUGCUCAGAACUACCUAGGCGACAUGUACCGUGAAGGCAAGGGGGUCCCACAAGACUACGCAAAGGCCUUUGACUGGUAUCUCAAGGCUGCCAACCAAGGAGACCCAAAUGCUCAGGCCAAUCUAGCCUGGAUGUACUAUCAUGGCAAUGGAACCCCACAAGAUUACGCAAAAGCCUUCGAUUGGUAUAUCGAAGCUGCCAGCCAAGGAAGUGCGGAUGCUUGA